GCACACAGUCCGCUGGAUUUUCAGUCAGUCAAGAGCCAGCCCUCAUCGUAAGCCGAUCGCCGUAAAUUUCACAAAUUAACCAUUUAGCUAGCCUCCGAGAGUGAAAUAGAUUUUCAGACAUGAAGUACUACCUGUUGGUGAUUGCGGCCGUGUCAUUUCUGACCUACAUCAGUUGCGGCUCGCCCCGGUCCGUUCCCCUCGCUUCAUUCGCAGAUGGCUGCAUUCAGUGCAACUCGAAGACCAACGAACGCUGCGCCACCGAUCCGCUGAGCCUGCUCAAUCGCAACUGCUCCGACGGAUCCUCCAACUGCUACUCCCGCGUCGUGGAUGGCUACACGAUCCGCGGAUGUGCCGCCGAUCUGGACAAUGCCACCCGAUCGACGUGCAACAAUGAGCUGGUGUGUCAGACGUGCACUUUUAGCGAGGGCUGCAACCGGAACCUCUUCCCGCUGAGCCGCGCCCAGUGCCUGCAAUGCUCGGGCAAUUCGACCUGGUCGGUGUGCGCCAACGAGACGUACAAACUGGCCUCGAUCUGCCCGAUUUACAAGUUCGGCGAUCAGUGCUACAUCCGCAACAGCAAUCGCACCGUGGACGGAUCCUUCCAGCGCGGCUGCCUCACCUCGGCGCGAGCCAACAAGCAGUGCGUCAAGGACGGACACUGCUUCACCUGCGAGGGACGCGGCUGCAACUUCCUCGCCGCCAAUGACACCCUCAUUCCGCUGGCCCGCGACUCUGCCGUCCAGGUGGCACUCUCUGUCUCCCUGCUGAUCGUCGGCCUCCUUGUCGCCGGACGAGUCUAAGGACCGUCUCCUGGGAACGACCACAGCUUCCUCCUGCUCUCUACUCCUCCUCCUUUGUCGGCGGCCAGAGCAUUGAACGUCACAUUUUCCCCAGCAGCAUUAUACAUUUACGUAACCCAGUUUUAUUACUUGCUUUUGAACAAAACGAAUAAAGAUGAGGAAGAGAAUGAGUGAAAAAUUAA